CUCUUUCUCUUUCUUAGCCGUCUAGAUAGAGAGAGAGAGAGCUGAAACUCAUGUAAAAAGUCUUCUCCAAUCCCACCAUUCUUCUCUCUGUUCAAACACUUGUUUACGCGUAGCCCAAUAAGUUACCAAAAUCUCCGAAAACCAAUAAAUUCACUGAAAACCAAGGACACGAAGAACUUCAAUUCGAGGAAGAUGAAGUCCAAGUCCAAGCUAUCUCUCUCCGUCUUCUUCUUCAUCUUCUUCCUUUAUCUCGCGGCGGUGACUUCAGAUCUAGAGUCUGACCGGCAAGCGUUAGUCGUCCUCCGUAACAGUGUUCGUGGCCGUCCGUUGCUAUGGAACAUGAGUGCCUCUCCUUGUACCUGGCACGGAGUCCACUGCGAUGCGGGUCGGGUCACGGAGCUCCGAUUACCUGGAUCGGGUUUAUUCGGUUCAUUACCGGUCGGAGGAAUUGGUAACCUGACCGAGCUCCAAACCCUUUCUCUCCGUUUCAAUUCGCUCUCUGGUCCAAUCCCUUCGGAUUUCUCAAACCUUGUCCUCCUCCGUUACUUGUAUCUCCAAGGUAAUUCCUUUUCCGGCGAGAUUCCGUCGUUUCUCUUCACGCUUCCCAACAUAAUCCGAAUCAAUCUAGGGGAGAACAAUCUCUCCGGUCCGAUCCCGGAUAAUGUCAAUUCCGCGACCCGGUUAGCUACACUCUACUUAGAGAGGAAUCAACUCACCGGUCCGAUCCCUGAGAUCACGAUUACUCUUCAGCAAUUCAACGUCUCUUCCAAUCAAUUAAACGGGUCGAUUCCGGAUUCGUUGUCGGGUUUUCCCCAAGCUGCUUUCCAAGGGAAUUCUCUUUGUGGGAAGCCCUUAAACCCUUGUGACGCCACCGCCGAAAGCCCCAACUCUCCGCCGGGGCCAUCGCCGGGGAAAAAAGACAGCGAUAAAUUGUCUGCCGGAGCUAUUGCCGGAAUCGUAAUCGCAUGUGUUGUGGUUUUAUUGGUGCUUCUCUUCAUUCUGUUCUGUCUCUGCAGAAAGAGAAAGAAGGAAGAGAACGUUCCAUCGAGAAACAUCGAAGCUCCUGUCGUCGCUCCGACCUCCGCCGCUGCUAUACCUAGAGAAACGGCGGGUAAUGUUCCGCCGGCGAAGGCUGAGAGCGGUGCGGUGAAUAAAGACUUGACCUUUUUCGUGAAAUCUUUUGGGGAAUUCGAUUUGGAUGGAUUGUUGAAGGCUUCAGCUGAGGUUCUUGGGAAAGGAACAGUUGGGUCUUCGUAUAAGGCAAGCUUUGAUCAUGGAUUAGUGGUGGCCGUCAAACGAUUAAGAGACGUUGUGGUGCCUGAAAAAGAUUUCAGAGAGAGGUUGCAAGUUUUGGGAUCAAUGAGUCAUGCCAAUCUCGUGACACUUAUUGCUUACUAUUUCAGCCGCGACGAGAAGCUUCUUGUCUUUGAGUACAUGUCUAGAGGAAGCUUAUCUGCGCUAUUGCACGGGAACAAAGGAAGCGGGAGGACUCAAUUGAACUGGGAAACCAGAGCCGGAAUAGCCUUAGGAGCUGCAAGAGCGAUUAGUUACCUACAUUCGCGUGAUUCGACAACUUCCCAUGGAAACAUCAAGUCCUCAAACAUACUUUUGUCUGAUUCCUAUGAAGCUAAGGUCUCUGAUUAUGGUCUAGCGCCUAUCAUUAGCUCCACAUCUGCACCUAACCGUAUCGAUGGCUACCGUGCCCCUGAAGUCACUGAUGCUCGCAAAAUCUCCCAAAAAGCUGAUGUUUACAGCUUUGGUGUCCUAAUCCUUGAAUUACUCACAGGGAAAUCUCCAACACAUCAGCAAUUGAACGAAGAAGGCGUAGACUUGCCAAGAUGGGUCCAAUCGAUUACCGAUCAACAAUCACCAUCUGAUGUGUUUGAUCCCGAGCUCACAAGGUACCAAUCAGAAGGCAAUGAGAACAUGAUCCGGCUCUUGAAGAUCGGUAUGAGUUGUACAGCUCAGUACCCCGAUAGUCGUCCUUCGAUGGCCGAGGUCACCAGACUUAUCGAGGAGGUUUCGCAUUCAUCAGGCUCCCCAAAUCCGGUAUCUGACUGAUUUGUGGGGUCAAAAUUGAUCAAUUUUAAAAUUGUUUGGGGCUAAAUUGCAAUUUGUUGAAUAGAUUCAACGCCCUCCCCGCCUUUUUUUUCCUUUCUUGUCCUAGUUUGUUCGUUAAUUCUUGAGCCUCAAAUUGAGAUGAGACGUUGAAGAAUUUUUUUUUUUUUCUAUUUUUCUUAAUUUGAAAAUUUAUAAAAAUGUUUAUAAAAUAUUGCUCUGCCAAUUUUUGUAUAAAUAUAUCAUUGAUUGUGU